AUGACUACCCCGAGGCCUGGAGUAGACUUGGAGAAGGAGUUGACAUGUUCGAUCUGCACCGACAUUCUUUUCCAACCUUUAACCCUCCUUGACUGCCUACAUACUUUCUGCGGCUCUUGUCUAAAAGACUGGUUCGCAUGGCAGAAAACAGCAGCAGAGAAUUCCCCAAAUCCUCCAGCUUCAGGAACACAAAGAUUCACUUGCCCAUCAUGUCGCGCGACCGUUCGAGACACUCGCCACAAUGCUACCGUCAAUACCUUACUCGACAUGUACCUAGCUGCGAAUCCGGACAAGAAUAAACCCGAAGAUGAGAAAGAGGAAAUGCGUCAGAAAUACAAACCUGGUGACAAUGUCUUGCCGCAAGUUCAAAUACCCGAAAAAUCACUUGAAGAGAGGCGGUUAGAAGAGAUGGAAAGGCAGAUGCUAGAACAAGCACGUCAGUUAAGUCUGCAGGAUGCCGGUGUCGAAACCGGAGAGGGAUCCAGAACGAGACGACACCGCCAUCAUCAUAGCCAGUCUCAGGAUAGGAGAGGUGGAUCGGACAGGGACAGCAGCCGUGACACACGGUAUCGAGACACGCGCGAUCGUGUUCGGAGGGAGGAAGAUUACAGACGCCGCGCUGAUUCUGGUGGUAGACGACAAUCCGAUUUACCUCCGGAUGAGCGGCGACAUCCGCGUAGUGAAUCACAGCACCGAUCGCGUGAUUUAUCCCAGACUAGGAGGAGGCAGGUGGAGCAUCAGGCAUCGAUAAGGUCGUUAAUCAGCUCAUCCGAUGUGGACUUUCGUGAUUUAGAAAGAGAAAUAGAAGAGUUUGCCCGCCAAAUUCAAGAGGAAGGUCUUCUGGAUGGGCUUGAUUUAGACAAUAUCGACCUUGCCCAGAAUGACGAGCUUAGUCGAAAAAUUACAGAGGCGUACCGACGAAGACAAAGGGAAAGGGAACGAAACCGUGUGCAACAGCAACAUCCCAGGAGCAGCGACCCUGUCCUCGCAUCUCAUCGAUCUGAGAACGUACAUUCCACUUCACGGCCUCCCGUAACGGACGUAUCUCGACCCAGCAGCAGACCCAGAUCAAGCUCAGCCCAUAGUAGUAGACCAGCUACUGGACAAGGUCAAAUAGAGGAUCGUAGUCGUCCACCUCUUACGUCAACUCACCUUGAGGUUCGUGCCGAUCCGGAAAGACGACGUAGGAGAAGAACUUCUAGUGGUGGCAGAAGUGCGACAGACCCUGCCCGACCAAGGACUGCAGAAACUACACCAGCAGCAAGGUCACAGACCGAUUUGACUCUAAGGUCGCAAAGUUCCGAUCCGUCUUCUCGUCGCCCCUCUAUUUCGGAUUCGAGGAGCACUAGCAUGCCGGUCCCAAAUGCCGUCGGACAGCCGUCUUCGAGCGAAAGCCCUCGACCUAGAGAUCUCUCUUUUAGCGGGCGGGCGACUGCCGCUCAGGUUCCAUCAGCUCCUUCACCAGAAAUACAAUCCGAUGAUUCUGGUUCCGCACACCCAAAGCGAGCUCGACGGCCAUCUAGCCUUAUAGCCCCGCAAUCUCCCUUGCCUAGCCUCGGACUUAUAUCAUCUCCUACGCAUGGAGCACACCAUCAGCGAAUACGAUCCCAAUUCUACCACGAGCCAUCCGUUACAUGUUCACGAUGCGGACGAGAGCACAUCGAAUACGAACUUCAUUACAAUUGUUCAAAGUGCGCCAAUGGAACUUGGAAUAUCUGCCUCGGUUGUUACCGCUCUGGAAAAGGCUGUGAACACUGGUUCGGGUUUGGAUAUGCAGCUUUUAAAAGAUGGGAAAGAAUGGUAGCUGCUGGCGACACGGAUCUCGAACGACCGCAUAUGCUGACCUCUUGUCGAUAUAGGCAGCCCAAAUACGCCCCAGGCGGCGCGGAGGGACGGAGAACUCUCACGACGGACGAUCCAGCGAACCGCCUAGAAAGCGGAAUGUUUUGUGUAGGAUGCUUCACCUGGGCUAACGAGUGUUUUUGGCGUUGCGAGUCUUGCAACGAAGGCGACUGGGGUUUCUGCCAUAAUUGUGUGAAUACCGGGAAGUGCUGCACACACCCACUCCUACCUCUGACUUAUGUCGCGCCACCAACGAGUCCCCAUACACCCCCGGCUAGUCCCCGGUUGCCUAGACGUCCACGAGGCGCGACACUCUCAUUGUCACCUAACGCCGUCAGCCCUGGAAAUUUCAAGUCGCUCUCCUUUACAGCAAUGUGCGAGAUCUGCCGAGAAGCUAUCCCGCCACCUCAUCGCAGAUACCACUGUUAUGAGUGCACAAGCACGGUUGUGUCUGAUGCGCAACAGGGCGAUUACGAAAUCUGCGUUGAUUGCUACGCUACUGUGGUCCACAAGAAACGCAUAUCCGACGAGAAUGGUCACAAGGGCUGGAGACGUUGCCUCGAGGGCCACCGGAUGGCCAUAACUGGAUUUAAGGAGGGAUCUCUUGGACAAAGGCGUUAUGUGUUCCAAGAUAUCGUCGGAGGCAAGGCUCUGCGUAUGGAGCCUUACGAGGAAGACAACAUACCACCUGAACAGAGCGCUUCGGGCUUGCAAAAAUGGAGCUGGAAAGCUUCUGAUGGGUCGAGACUUGAGAGGCUCGUGACCGUAAACGUAACCGAUACAGCACCCGCGUUUGGUACAGAGCAAUUUCCCCCAGAUGGAGGCACAGGCCUUAGAACCCUCGCAAAGUGGUCUUGGUAUCCGCAAGAGGGCACGACCGACGAACUUCUAUUUCCUAAGGGUGCGGAGGUAAGAGAGGUGGAAGAUGUGAACGGGGAGUGGUGGUUUGGGAGCUACAUGGGCGCUGAGGGAUUAUUCCCGGCACCGUAUGUGAAGGUUUUCGAGUAG